AUGAAAUCAGUUUCACCAUUUAUCUCCUCCGACAAAACUUCAUUCUUAACAUUGGAAGAAUGGAACGGUUCAUCCCCCACUAAGCUCUCCAAGACUUUCACCAUCAAAGCUUCUUCUUCCUCUUUCUCCAUUCAAAGAUCUGGUGCCCGCUUUACCCAUGUUUGGAGACGCUUUCUUCAAGCAUUUGUUCCUGAGGGGUUUCCAAGCAGUGUUACUCCGGAUUAUGUUCCUUUUCAAAUUUGGGAUUUAUUGCAGGGACUUUCAACAUAUAUAAGGACCAUGCUUUCUACUCAGGCUCUCUUGAGUGCUAUUGGAGUUGGUGAGAAAUCCGCUACGGUCAUUGGUGCCACUUUUCAGUGGUUUUUGAGAGAUCUAACUGGCAUGCUUGGAGGAAUCUUAUUCACAUUCUACCAGGGAUCAAAUCUUGAUAGCAAUGCAAAAAUGUGGCGUCUGGUUGCAGAUCUCAUGAAUGAUCUUGGUAUGCUAAUGGACCUCAUUUCACCAUUGUUUCCAUCAGCUUUUGUUUUUAUCGUUUGCUUAGGAAGCAUAUCAAGAUCUUUCACCGGGGUUGCGAGUGGAGCUACUAGAGCAGCUUUGACUCAACAUUUUGCACUUCAGGAUAAUGCUGCAGAUAUAUCUGCUAAGGAAGGAAGUCAAGAAACUGUGGCUACGAUGAUUGGCAUGGCCCUGGGAAUGCUUGUUGCGCGUAUUACUAUUGGACACCCACUAGCAAUUUGGUUUUCGUUUUUGUCUCUGACCCUUUUUCAUAUGUAUGCAAACUACCGAGCUGUUCGAUGCUUGGCACUGAACUCACUAAACCCUGAAAGAAGCUCUAUUCUUUUGCAGCAUUUCACGGAGACUGGCCAAGUUCUCUCCCCUAAACAGGUCUCUUCACUGGAGCAUGUUUUACCGAUAAAGAAGGCUAAUUCAUUGGAUACAAAAAUACGUUUAGGCACAAGGAUUUCCUCAUUCGAUGAAAUGGAAAUUAAGGAGCAUUUGCUUUCGGUAGCAUCUUACUACACAAAAGCCAAGUACUUACUAGUGGAAAAGAAAGGAAUCGUUAACGUUAUUGUUCAUAAAGAUUCAAAUGGCGCCGAUGUCCUAAAGUCAUUUAUUCAUGCUCUUGUCCUUGCAAAUAAUGCUUAUAAAAGCAAAUCUUUGCAUUCAGACAGCCAAACAUGGAUGGAAAAUCAGUAUGAAGUGUUUAUUCAGAAGGUCAAGUCAUUAGGGUGGAAAACAGAACGGCUCCUAUCAUCACCUAUCAUAUGGAGAGCAAACUGGAUACACCAACCGGCGGCUGAAAAAAACGAUUAG